AUGGCUGCUCAACAACAAUCAAACAACAACAAUUCAGGUGCCAAUGCUAAAAAACAAAAUGCUGGUAAAGAAAACUGGGCUAAAAAGGUUGAUGGUGGUUGGAUUGGUGCUAAUUCAGGUGCUAACGCUAAAAAACAAAAUGCUGGUAAAGAAAACUGGGCUAAAAAGGUUGAUGGUGGUUGGAUUGGUUCAUCAUGUACCAUUGUUUAA